UACUUACUCAUCAAAGUUCACCUUCCUUCGCUCUAAUACCUUAUCCCUCAACCUCAGUUACAUCAGUUUCUACUGGUGGCAAGUCGAAGGUCAGCCAGACUAUCGUCAUGAUUGAUACGUCCAUCUACUUGCGAUGGGCUCUCCUUGAACACAUUGCACCUGGUCAAGCAUAAACAUGCCUGCGGCUCUAGAGGAGCCUAACCGAGUACUACUCGAUGAUGGAUGUCAAGCCUAAACGACCACCGCGACCUCCUCCCAGGCUCCGAACGAAGACCGGAUGCAAGGUUUGCCUAUCUCGACGCAAGAAGUGUGAUGAAAGGAGACCACGAUGUGGCGCUUGUGAAAGACUUCACCUUGAAUGCAGUUACAGAGCCUCAACUAGUGCCAGUGCUUCCCCGGAACCCUUACGCAAAGUUUCGCCUGUUCUCCAGGAGGAAGCCGCAGUGGUUCAGGGUGAACAACGGCCUAUUGGGUCACCACAAAGCACAUCUCUAUCAUUCCGUCAUUCCGGGUUGUUGACUCAACAGGAUUGGAAUGUCUUUCAUUAUGCUUCGACACGAUUCAUCAAAUUGUUGACAUCGCCUGAUGCCACCUCCGAAUUCCGAGAUGCGACCCUGGUCUUCGCCGUAGGCUUCGAUGUACCAUGGGUCAUGCAUGCCGCACUGGCCCCGGCCGCACUGCACGCCUCGUGCGCCGAUUUGAUACCAAAGGAAGACGCAAUACUCUACAGUCAAAGCGCACUGCAAGGACUUCGACACUCUCUCGAAAGUCGGGAGGAUCUUUCUUCGUCAAAGGAGAGCAUGACGUUUCUUGCUGCCUCAAUAUUUCUUGGCUUGUUUGAAGACUUCUACCCCUCGGCCUCCAGUCACAGUCUGACCCAUUAUCAAGCAAUAGCCAGCGUGCUGGAGGACCAGGCGGCGCAUAUGCCCCGCUUCGAUAUUGACAAGCUAUCGGUCUUCCACCGGACGCUCCUCGAUUCUGUACUCUACCAUUUUUCGACCAGGCUGAUUUUCGAACAAGAGAUCGAUGCCAUCUGCGCUUCCUUUCCUUCUCAAAGUAUUGCCAAGUAUAUUUCAGCGCUCGAGGUUCACGCACACGGGUCUCGGAAUCCUCACACAAUUCUGCCGGUGUUGGGUCGCACACCGCCACUUAUUUUCCUGCAGAUCUACCAAAUCUCAUGGCUGAGCAGGCAGCCCCCUUCUGGUGACGGUCACCAUCACGCGCUUGCCGUUCAGUGCCUGAAUGAACUAGAUAAUCUCGAGAAAGAGUCACCGGUGGUCAACCUCGGUGUCCCAAUAACCAAGGACGCAGCUACCCAUAGCAAUACCGAUAUCGCGGCAAAGUUAUAUUUCCUGGCAAGCCGAAUAUUCGUAAUGAAAAUCAUCAAUCAGAACAUAUGCACCACAUCUCCACCAAUUCGCGCUUUGUUGGCGAAAGGUUUCGACCUCUUGCAAGCUUACGAUGGGAGUGCUCCUUGCGGUCAAUACAUUUGCUGGCCAAUACUCAUUCUAGGCUGCGCUGCCUGCCCAACCAGUCGCUCUGACUUCGUUCAGGACUUUCACGAUGCCGAAGAGGGCCACUUGGCCUCGAAGAUGCGAGGUCUCAUCCAACGCCAACUUUUGGAGAUCUGGAAGACGUCCUACUCUGGUUAUGUGAGACGGACUGGCGGCGCUCUGGAAAGGCUCUGGAGACUUCCUAGCUUCCUGGUCGGGACUACUCAGGCACAAUAUGCCCCAGAUACUGACAUUGAGUACGAUGGUCUCAAUGCUCUGAUCUUCAAAAAAGGCUUGGGGCAAGUUCAAUUGUCUGCUGAAGUUGGCUAGCAUCAAGACUAAAUGGCUACGAUCAUUCGGGAUGACCAAUCGGAUUACCAAAGCUGCUAUAGAAGUACUGCUCCGAAACAACGGUCGUUCCCAGACUGUAUCAUCUCCAUGAACUACCCCUCAGGAUUGUUUCAAACACUCAUCAACAACCCGCGCCACUUUAAGGCACU